AUGAGUUUGUCGCGGAAGGUCUGCGACGCGUUGUUCGACUAUCAGACGCUCAAGAUCGUGAAUAUCGGCGACAAGAAAAUCGGUCUGCUGCACAGAAUCAUCCAACUGCUCAUACUCGGAUACAUUCUCGGUUUUGUCAUCAUCUUCAAGAGAGGCUAUCAACAAUUCAGCACGUAUAACUCCGUCACGACAGCCAAAGUAAAGGGUGUGGUUUCAACUCUCGACUAUCGUGAUGAAGAUUUCGUCAAAUCCGUGGCUUAUCCAGCAGCUUAUCGACGGAUUUGGGAUGUAUCCGAUCUGGUUGUGCCCCCGAGCGAACCAGACGCGUUCUUCGUUACAACGAACCUUAUAAUCACUGAACAAGUGACAGCCCGUUGCCCCGAGGAGUUGAUGAAAGAUUCGACCUGCGAAUCCGAUUCGGACUGUGAAGAUGGACGCACUCUUCUGCUGGGUCACGGAUCACAGACGGGGUCCUGUGUCGCCGCAGAUCAUCCGACAGCUCAUCAAGGCGUUUGUGAAAUUCGGGGUUGGUGUCCUGUUGAGUACGACGAAGGACCUCUCAAAGGUAACCAAGCUCUGCUCAGUGGGGUUCAGAACUUCACGGUACUUCUGAAGAACUAUAUUGAAUUCCCUACGUUCCGAUUGAAACUGCGGAACAUCGCCGACAGCCAGAACCGGUCUUAUCUGCAAACAUGUGUUUACAACCCGGACACGCAUCCGCAUUGUCCGAAGUUCCGUCUGGGCGAUAUCAUCAAUGCCACUGGACAUACGUUUAAUAGCAUUGCAGCAAAGGGCGGAGUGGUCCACAUCGUGAUCACCUGGAAUUGCAAUUUCGAUCGACAUAUCAGAUACUGCGUUCCGCGCUACGACUUCAGUCGGAUCGAUGACAGUCGCGCGCAGCUGGGCAGAGGCUGGAACUUUCGACAUUCUCAUUAUCACAAUGCUACGCAAAGGACGCUCUUCAAAGCGUAUGGUAUAACGUUCCGCGUAGCGGUCUCUGCCAGAGGCGGAAAGCUCAAUCUCUUGCCAUUGGCCAUCAACAUAGGUUCGGGACUCGGCCUCUUAGCCGUGGCUAAGGUCGUCUGCGACUUCGUGGUGCUCUACUGCCAUAGCAAUCGGGAGCUCUAUAAACAGCAUAAGGUGCGCUUCGUUGAAAAGGGAGGACGGAAACGCCGGGCAACUAUCAGCAUCACCGUUUAG